UCCAAUUUUUUUUUCUUCUCUCUUUUUCUUUUCUUUGGUUUCUAUCGGCUUCUCCGGCUCUCGUGCUCUCCGCAGGACGACGAUGGCUGUCGUUCUCUCCUACGCACCUCCAAGGUUGAAACAAACGUAUUGUUUGUUCAAUUGGUUUUCUUCGCACCUCCAAGCUCUCCUUAGCACCUCCAAAGUUGAAACAAAUGUUGAGAAAGUAAUUGAAGUUGAGAAGAAAGCAGCAAGAGAAUUAAUCCGGGAACAUGGAAAGGAGAGGGCUUUCUCGGCUUUGAGGAAGAAACAGACGCAAGAAGAGUUGUUGAAGCAAGUAGAUCAGUGGGUCAUCAAUGUUGAACAACAAUCUUGUCUUCGUGGUUGAGGGUGCUGUGGCACAGGCUAAGACAUCAACUUCUUGGAGAAGCAACCACUAACUUAACAACUUCUGAGGUAAUUUUGCACAACUUAACUCUUCUUCAAGUCUUGCUUUAUUCUUUAUUGCUCUUGUCUGGAAAGUAGUUGACAGAGGGUUUAAUGCUUGUUAGAGUUAAGUUAUGGUUUAGUGUUGCAUCUGCAUGUGAUGAAUGCUUGUGACAUUGGGUUUAAUUCAUGUCAACUCAUGUUUCUGGUGUGAUGUUGUUCUGUAAUGGACUUAAGCUGUUAUGUUUAAAAUGGAAUUAAGUGUUUUGUUCCUCGUGCCUUGGCUUCUUGUGUAGUCAUUCUUGUUUUAAAGCAUUGACUUGGUGGUGUACAGAUAAGGCAAAGAGUUAAGCCCAAGCAGAGAUCAAAGCAUUGAAGUUGCCUGAACGACAGAGAGAGAAGGCUGUCGAAGAGGUUAAUCUCUUACUUAAGCUCUAUUUUUUUUUAAGAAACCCAAAUUAAGAAACUCCCAUUGAACUACUUAAAAUGAGAGUUUCUUAACAAAAGUUCUUAGAGUUACAUUUAUUAUUAAAAUAUCAUUAAGGAUCCCAUUAAAGAUUUUAGGGAUAAAGAUGCUCUAAGCUCCUCAUUAACAACUUUUACUCGGCGCAUGAUAGCGAGUUCAUAAAAUACGCCGUACACAAAGCAUCUACCUAAUUUCACUAAUAGUGGAGUUGACCUUUUUUCUAUUCGUCAACUGGCUAAUACUAAACACAAAAGGCAUUAUGUAACACAUGGCCAUAAUUUAUAAUCAUAUAGAUGAUUCAUAUCAAACGAUAUGAAACUUAUAAAUACCAGUCAAGAUUCCAAAUGUUUACGCGCCAAGUUAUUAAAAAAAAAAA